UUCGUGGGGCCGCCCCCCCCGCGUCCUGCGGGCGGUGCUGGUGCGGGAGCAUGAAGGUGAAGGUGAUUUCCGUCCUGGAGGACAACUACAUGUACCUGGUCAUCGAGGAGAGCACCCGCGAUGCCAUCGCCGUGGAUGCUGCUGUGCCCAAAAGGUUGCUGGAAAUCGUCAGGAAGGAGGACGUGGUGCUCAGAGCCAUCCUCACCACCCAUCAUCACUGGGACCAUGCGAGAGGCAACGAGGAGCUAGCGAGGCUCUGCCCUGGCCUGCACGUGUACGGUGCCGAUGAGCGGAUCGGGGCCCUGACACACAAGGUGACCCACGAGCAGGAGCUGAUGUUUGGGGCCAUCCGGGUGAGGUGCCUCUUCACCCCCUGCCACACCUCGGGCCACGUGUGCUACUUCAUGUGGGAGGAUGGCUCUCCUGAUGCUCCGGCACUAUUCUCAGGUGACACUCUGUUCGUGGGAGGCUGCGGGAAGUUCUUUGAGGGCACAGCAGAGCAGAUGUACACCAACCUCACCCAAAUCCUGGGGGCUCUGCCGGAGGAGACGAAGGUGUUCUGUGGCCAUGAAUACACCGUCCGGAACCUCAAGUUCGCCUUGAAAGUGGAACCAGAGAAUGAAAUAGUGAAGAAGAAGCUCGCAUGGGCCAAACAGCGGGAUGACGAGGACUUGCCCACAGUGCCCUCCACGCUGCAGGAGGAGUUCCUCUACAACCCCUUCCUGCGGGUCACGGAAGAGGCUGUGCAGAAGUUCACAGGCAAGACGGACCCAGUGGAGGUGCUGAGGACCCUCCGCACUGAGAAGGACAACUUCAAGAAGCCCAAGGAGAGGCCCAACCCUCAGGCCAUGUUGGCAUUUGACUGGGGACUCUUCAGCGCCUUCCUGGAGAAGAAGUGAGCAGCCAUGGCACUGCUGUCCCCAUCCUGGUGGGAGCUUCUCCUGGACUGUGUCCAUCUGGCUCUCGCUCCCAUCAGAUUCAGCACUUGGGAAGUGGAUUCUGUCUUUUACCUGCUUGUUGUGAGGCUGCUGUGCUGUGCUCCCUCCAGCGCCAUGCCUGGUUACCCUGGUCCCUGUGGGUGCCUUCAGCCAGGCUGUGGCUGUGGCUGCUGGUGGUGGAGGGUCAGGGGAUGCUUUGGAGGAGGAUACCCACACUGGUGACAGUGCAGGAGCUCAGAGCUCCACACCAGUCACCCCAUUCCCUGCUCAGGACAAGGGCAGGCAGGGAGCUGCUGGCUCCAUGGGCAGGGAUGAGGUGACACCGAGCCUUGGAUACACAAGAGGAAGCCGGGAAGAGGCUGGAGUUUUUCCUCGUGUCCAGCAGUACCUUGACUCCGGAAGCCCUCAUUGCAGUGAGGUUUGGGUAUUUUUCCUUUUAUUCCCUAUUUUUAUGGAAGGCCAACAUAGGAAUGUGGCAUAGGGAUGUGUAACACAACCACUGCCUUAUGGGAGCCAUCCAAACCACUGACCCCAUGCAAAGCAGCACCAGGUGGAGAUGAGGCCCGGAGGGAUACGUGCUCCAAUGCACUGGCUUCAGAAAACACUUCUCAAGGCAGGACAGAGUUCAGGCAGCAAACACCAAGGUGCUGCUCCCCAUCCAUUGAUGCUUCCCUCUCCAGGAUGCCUGGGAAGCUCUUGGCUGAAAGCUGCAUUUAUGUGGCCUUCUAUUCACAACAAGAGCUGAGGAGCAGCAGGGUCCCUUGAGCCUCAUCACUUUGCAGCCUCUUCCUUCAGGUUGUGCAGAACCUACUGUGUUUUGGGUUUUUAAGUGUGAGUGAUGUGCAGAGCUUGGUUUUAUGCAGGUGGUGGGAGGUGCAUUAUAAAGUAGUUUUAUUUUUGGGGUGGAAAUAGAAGGGCUUGAUGGCAGCUCUGUAAAUAGCUGUGAAAUUCCCCCUGAAGGGCCUGGGAUGCUGCAGGUUCUUCUCUACCUCCACAUGCAGCAUGUGACUGUCUUGGUGCUGCUGUACCUACCCUUGUUGUGCACAGCUCCAGAGAACAUAGAGGAGCUGCUCCCAUCAUCCUUUCCCCCAUGUUGUUGCUUUAAACAGUGCCAAUUAUAAACUAUAUUGCUUCUAACACUGGAAUAGAGUUGACUUCAGGAUCUUUCACGUGUGGAUUGCAUCACUUCCCACUGCUGCCAGGUUUGUGGACAUUUCUUCCCUUGCUAGAAGUUAAGCUAAAGGGUUUGGUUGCCUUUUAUUAAGUUAUAGUGUUAGAAUUCAUCCUGCUGCACAAGCUGCCUCAGCUACCCUGUUUAAAUGUAACUGGACAGUUUGCAGAUGUUACCUGUGUGUUCCUUAGGAGAUUUAUGUACAGUAGGAGCAGGAUGAACCCUAUGUGCUCAGGGAGGGCUCUUGGACCAGCACCAGCUCUGUUCAUCUUGGCAGCAGCAGCUCAAGCACAAGCUCUAAGUUCUUUAGAGCUUGGAGUGUCUGUAGAGCUGACUUGGCUUGUUUCAAGUGGAGAACCUGAUGGCUUUAGCAAUGUGCAGGUAACUGGAAAAGAGACUCAUGUAGAGCCCCAGCUGUUUCAUCUCCAGCUAAUUUAGCUUUAUUUGUGCACUUCCAGCCUGAUGUGCAUGUUCUCAACAGCAACAGCAUGUGUCUCCCUUGCACUAAGGUACAGGGUUGAUGGUCUCAGCACUUUUGGACUGACCCUGUGUCAGCAGUGGUCCCUCCUGUGGAUGAACUGCCUGCUUUAGUGUAACACUGUGUUAUAAAGCUAUGCAUGGGAAAGGGUGCACUGAAAGCAUUGAAAUGAGGGCGGGCAGGGGGAGGUUCUCGCCUUAGGAACACUGUGAAUUCACUCAUUGAUCAGCAGCACCUGAAAAAUGUACAGCUUUAAUUAAAAACCAGUAUCAAAAAUGA